AACAUGAAUGAGGAACAGAGAUGAUCAGCACUUUUUCUGCUUCUUUUUUUAUCUGAAGCUGAUCACUACGAGAAGACACGUCAGGCUGCUCAGUGUAGUGUGUGCAUGUUGAAGAGAACUGCUGAACGAGUCAGAGGCCGAACACUGAGGAGACAUGGAAGCUGUGAUCGGACUGUUGGUGGUGAUACUCGGAGUCUCUCAUGGUGUGGAAACCUACUGUGAUGGCCGACAGGAUGGAGCUCAGUGUUAUGGAGCAUUGGGAGGAACUGUGGUCCUCCAGCUGAUGGACAACGCCUCAGAAAUAUUUAGAUACACAUGGUCAAUCAAACCAACAAUCAAAACAACAACAAGAACAACAAUAUUCUGGUGGAUCGAUAAUACGAUUGUGUCUAAUGAGAUAUCAAACAGAUCCUUCUUUACUCCUAGUAAUGGAACUUUUAGGAUCAACGACCUGAUCUGGACUGAUGGAGGUGAAUAUGAACUUCAAACCUUUGAUUCAGAUGGAAAGACAUCAGCGCUGCGGACUCUGCAGUUGACCAUUCAAGCUCCUGUGUCCUCUGUCCUGCUGGUCCCUGAGUGUCUGUCCCAGGGAGAGAUGAAGGGUUGCUCCUUUGAGCGAGGGGACAGUCCUCAGUACAGCUGGACUCUGGAUGGACGCACACUGACAGACGCUGAGCUCCUCUCUGGAAAUACUGAGACUAACAACAUCACUCUGAAACAAAAGGUCUCAGGACGACUGGUCUGCUCAGUCAGGAAUCAAGUCAGUAAAGUCUCAGUAGAAGCGAUAAUAUCCAUAUGUGCUGUGGAAACCUACUGUGAUGGCCGACAGGACCUGAUCUGGACUGAUGGAGGUGAAUAUGAACUUCAAACCUUUGAUUCAGAUGGAAAAGGAUCAGCGCCGCGGGCUCUACAGUUGACCAUUCAAGCUCCUGUGUCCUCUGUCCUGCUGGUCAUUAUAUCAUAUGUGGUGUGCGAGCAGCUGUGGUGGUUCUUGCAUUAAUUGGGAUUGCUGUCUAUUUUGCUUGGAAGGAAAGGAAAUACAAGAUGGUCCGUCAAAAGAUGGAACGUCAAGAGAACUCUGUUGUGAUGGUUGAAGUGAGAAGUUGAACUUUAACUUUUUGAAUCCAGCACCCUAGUGUCCCCUGACUCUUCUCACUCCUCACAAUUUGUUGACUUGUCAUAGUAAUCCUUUACAUAGAAUGAAUUAAUGUGCAAAGACUGUGUUGUCUUGAAAUGUUCAGUGUGUCACUGACUUUGGAGAGUGAUACAGCUUCGAGUGGCCCAAAGCUCCACAGCACAGUUUAUUCUAAAGCAACAUGUGAUAAUGUGAACAAAGCUUAUGUUAACAUAUUAGGAACUUGUUGUAUCAUAUGCUUCCAUGUUGUCAUUGUCCAGUGAAAACCAUGUUUCUCCAAUUGUGUUGCAUUUACUUUUGCAUAGGUAUCUGACCUAGUAGCUACAUAUCCUAUAUAUUUUUUUAAAUGGUGAUUUUGCUUUCAGAGCAUGUUUUUACCUUUUUGUGUUUAAGUCUAAACCAUAAUUUUACAGCAUAUAAAAUGUUGACAAAGAGUAAUAAUGUGUUAACCAUUUGAAGCAUUUAUUAGAAAGAGCUUCAACAGUUGUUGUUGUGUGUUGUUAUGUUUUCAUAACCUGUGAGUAAAUCAGUCAUUUGUCCUCAGUUAAUGUACUGUAGGUUAGAUAACCUUUUGUUGGCAUUUUCAUCACAGACUGUAACUUGAUGACAAUUGAAUAAAACUUCCAGAAUCA